AUGAAUUCCUCCUCCCAGAUAAUCUUCAACGAAGCACAUCCAUCAAACGUGGGGAAUACGUACCAUAUUAUUUCCGGCUCUUUCCGCUCUCUUUCUCUCUUCCUGCUCGUCUUUUCUCCUCUCAAUCGGUCACUAUCUCAUGUUCAGACGAUCCCAGCAUUCGGACCUCAUCAGUAUCUCUUCUCGGACAAAGGAAAAGGUUUUGUAUAUUCCACCAGUUGGGCUUUACCUCGUCUGCUCUCAAGCUGGCAGGUGGAGACGAGCGACCAUCCAAAUGUACCAUGGAGGGUGAACCACAUCAACAACGUGCCAAUUACUGCGACAUCAUCGUACAUAACCCUGCCGCCCCCUUUCACCCAUAUCUAUUCUACUGGUGGACCCACUGGUGAAGUUCAUCUAGUUGACAGCGAGACGGGUGGCUUUGGCGAGAAAGUACAACAGUUCCUUUUUGUUCCGGAAAGCGAGCUUGAAUCCGCUGACAAGACGCGCGUUGCUCUGGUAGGAGACGUGUUUCGUCUCGGGUCGCCCGGACUGACAUGUCUACAGCGUUACGGAUCUCAUGGAAUCGAAUUUUCCACCCAGGGGCAUGCGUUCAUUCCCGUCCUCGGCACGGAUUCGAUUGAGAUGUACGCCCGAGAUCCAGCAACGGGCCACUUGAGGCAUCUUUCUUCCAAUGCCUCGCCAAGGGGCCGUGGAGACGGUCCACGACAUGUAAAGGUGCAUCCGAAUGGCAAGAUACUAUACUGCGUCACUGAGCACACCAACUUUGUGGAUGCAUACCACAUUCAUGAGACAUCUCUCGCCUAUAUAUCUUCACGCCCCCUCCUCCCCUCAACUCUCAGCGCAACUCCGUCAACGACAUCCCCCUCCGAUCCUCACACCCGAUCGCAUUUCCGUGGUGACACCCUCAUGCUAUCACCCUCCACCUCACAAAAUCCCGCACCUUGCGCAUUGCUUGCCACCACGCGCGGAUCAACCGGCAACGUCAGGGGAUGGCUGAGCAUCUUCCGCUUGGGCCCAUCAGGCGAGUUUCUGGAUGAUUUUGUGCGAUUUGAAACUCCUACGUCGGGCGGGAAGGCGAAUGCCCUUGAUGUUCGAGCCAAGGAAGACAUUGACGGGGGAAUGUGGAUAUUGCUUACGGAUGAUGACGACCAAGCUGCUACUGGAGCGGGAGGUGGGGUGCGUGUGCUGGAAUGGGACGGGUGGGGAAAGGGAAAUGUAAGCGUAGUGGCCGAGUGGCCUCCUCGGAACGAUGCUUCUCAGGGAGAAACAAUGCUUGGAGGUAGCCAUGCCAUUUGGCUUGAUUAG